GCUGUGCAAAGUUAAGUUGAACUUUAAUUCUUGAAACAGAGUGUAGUCAAAUCCUCAGCCAUACUGAGGCAGUGUGUGUGUUUCUGGCUUCAGCUCACUGUGUGGUGUUGUUGAUCCUCCAGAAACACUCCUGCUCACUCACCCUGGGGUUUGGAGCAUGCAGAACAUGCUAACAGUAAUUGCAAACGUAUUCAAGGGCGGUGCCAAAAUAAAUGGAGCCCAGACAGUGUCCGAGGGCUCCAGAGUGGUGGUAUCAGCACGUUCUUUUGCAGACUUCACACCUCAGGCCAGCUUUGACAUCAAGAGGUGUGACCUUCAUCGCUUGGACGAAGGCCCUUCGGUGCAGACGGUGCUCACCAGAGAGGAUGGACUCAGGUACUACCGCACUAUGCAGACCAUGAGACGCAUGGAGCUGAAGGCAGAUCAGCUCUACAAGCAAAAGAUCAUACGAGGCUUCUGUCACCUGUAUGAUGGCCAGGAAGCCUGUGCUGUAGGCAUUGAGGCUGGUAUCAAUCCCAUGGAUCAUGUGAUCACGGCAUAUAGGGCUCAUGGUUACACCUACACCAGAGGUGUGCCUGUGAAAGAGAUCAUGGCAGAGCUCACAGGCCGAAGGGGUGGUGUUGCCAAAGGGAAGGGCGGCUCUAUGCACAUGUAUGCCAAGAAUUUCUAUGGCGGGAAUGGUAUUGUUGGUGCCCAGGUUCCUCUUGGGGCAGGUGUGGCCUUGGCGUGCCAGUAUCAGGGUAAAAACGAGGUUUGUGUUACUCUGUACGGGGACGGAGCUGCUAACCAGGGCCAGAUCUUUGAGUCAUUUAACAUGGCAGCUUUGUGGAAACUCCCCUGCAUUUUCAUCUGUGAGAAUAAUAAAUAUGGCAUGGGGACAUCAGUGGAACGGGCCUCAGCCAGUACAGACUAUUACAAGAAAGGAGACUACAUUCCUGGCCUGAGGGUGGAUGGUAUGGAUGUUCUUGGUGUGAGAGAGGCGACCAGGUUUGCAGCUGAUUUUUGCAGAUCUGGAAAGGGUCCCAUACUAAUGGAGCUCCAGACAUAUCGUUACCAUGGCCACAGCAUGAGCGAUCCUGGGGUCAGUUAUCGCACACGUGAAGAGAUCCAGGAAGUUCGCAGUAAGAGUGACCCCAUCUCUAUGCUGAAGGACCGCAUGAUUAGUAGCAACAUGGCUAGGGUGGAGGAGAUCAAGGACAUUGAUGCAGAGAUUCGUAAGGAGAUAGAAGAAGCAGCUCAGUUUGCUACCUCUGAUCCAGAGCCCCCGCUGGAGGAUUUGUGCAACCACAUCUACUACAAUGAUGCACCCUUAGAGGUCAGAGGCACCAACCCCUGGACGAGGCUGAAAUCCAUGAGCUAAAGAACCUGCUGAGGAUUCAGCACUUCAGCCCUAAUAGUAUAGGAGCACUGUUCCUAAACCUAUACGCACAAAAAGAUGGAUGAAACUUGUGUUAUCCAUAUAUUCAUAGAUACAUUCCAUAACAGCUGUUACUUAGCAAUUAGUUUUGCAGACUGUUAAUUCAUUUAUAUAUUUAACUAAGAAUGGAAUUAAUAAAUAUGUAAUAACUUGACUUA